CAGCAAGCCUAGAAUUCCCAACCAAUUCCGACUUGCGUUGAAACUCCGCACCAGGAGGCACAAUACCCUCUCCAACCAAUUGAGACGGAACGAGAUACGACGCCGCAGUGGCGAUGCUGCAUGGGCUAAGUGGGGGGAUAUCUCGCGAUCUGAGAGAGUAGAAUGCCACGGCGCAGGACACCACCAUUCCGGCAAGAAGGCCCUCGAGGAUGCGCGUUGAGAUAGCGCUCUGCUUCAACCGUGUGACGUUGGGGUUGGUGAGGGUGCCGGAGAGUGUGAAGGGGUGUUGUUAUUAUUGGGAUGCGAGUGUACGAGGAGAGUGUCUGGGCGAGAAGGAUGCGAAAGGUAUGCGUCGCAGCGUCUACUACCUUGAGGGGCUGCUCGGUCAAGUCGGUGGUGGUGACAUUGUUGCCUUCCAUCACGGCAGACUAGAACUGGUCGUAUCCUUUGGAAGUAUCGUUUCUGACGGGGAGCAUGUACAUGAAGUUGUCUUCGUAGGGCUCGUAGUGGGGGAUGAACUGCUGCCGGGAAGACUCGAUAGGGUCGGCUGUGGUGAUGGUGUGGUCUGGGAGAGAGUAUGUGACGUUGACAUCGAGGAUGUCGAUGGUUGCAUUGCAGGCGUAGGAAUGGAUCUGGUCGGUAGAGUGGUCGUCCAGCAGAUAGCCAAAGUUCAGAACCACCCUCGAGCAGGUCUCAUCCUUGAGUUGUGUGCUGUCGUACAUUCCAAGGUAACCGCCAAUAUGUGCGUUUUCGGGUGUGUAGAUUGUACCGUACCUUUCGCAUCCCUCUGCGAAAUCACCAUCAGGUAUGAAAUCCUCCGGGUCAAAGGUCAGGGACUGGCUGACCAUGGGGAGACAGUCGAGGUUCCCCCGGAGAGCAGGAACCGUUACCUGUAGAGACCGAUCUGAAGGUUCUUUUUACCUCAUUCUCCAGAAUGACUUUAAUAAUCCACUGCUGACUGCUAUGUGGAUUGGUCAAGUUGGCAGGAGUAAAGAAUGUGUCGAAUUCGGAGCCUGGCAUGUGUAGCUCCUUAUGCCCAAAGAACCAGAAUGGAUCCCUCGAUGUCUCCAGGCUAGAUAGUAAGCCUAAACUCAGGUCUAUUGGCGAUGGACUGGGUGGCAUCUCUGCGCUGUUCGAUGAGAUUGGGUGGAAGGUUUUUGCUUUGCCUGAGGCUGUAAUGGAAACAGACUGUCGAGUGAUAUUGUAGGUCGGUGCACAGGCAAGAACCUCCUGUUUGUCCACUGAACUACUGGUGUUGCAAUGAG